CUUGUGCGGACUGGGUAGGUUUAAUGUGGUGGAGGUGGACUGGUUGAGAUGCAGGGUCCUGGGAAGGGGCAGGCAGGCCAGGCCAAGAGGAGUGGGGCGGCUGCCCACGUGCUGGGGGAGGAGGGAAACAAUGAAGCCUUUGGCGACAUUGCAGGAUCCACCUCUGGCUUCCCAGCGUGUCCCCUCUGCGGGCUGGAUCCGGGUGGCUGCUUAGAGGCGGGGCGGGGGCCCUCAAUGGGCUCCUUGUCUCAGGGCUGGGUGUGGGCCAGGCUCCCUAGGCACACGUUGCCCUCGCCAGGCCUGGCUGGCUGCUGUGGCUUCCACCCCCAGCUGGCUGAGGAUGGGCCCUGUGGGGCUGAGCAGGCCCCUCCUUAGCAGCCUUGGCUCCUAUCCUGUGUGGAAGAAGCAGCUGGGAAGAAGGACUCCAUCGAAGGGGGCAGUGGCAGCUGCAGGCUAGAAGGGACCCUGUGAGGGGUGAUGGGCCUGGAAAAGGUAGGGGAAGCUGGGCCGGCCUGAAUUAAAUUCCAGGAGAGGCAGUAGAUCUUGGGUCUGCUGGUUCACUCCCUGAGCUAUGAUGGCCAAGCUGAAAUUAGGAACCAAGAGCUUUCAGGUCUCUCACAUGGGCAGUAGGAAGGCUAGGUACUUAAGCCAUCCUCUGUUCCUUUCCCAGGUGCUUUAGCAUGGAACUGGAUGGGAAACAGAGCAAGUGGGAAGGGAAUCCAACUAGUGUUCAUAAGGGAUGCUGGCCCCUUGCGGGUGGCAGCUUUACCCUGCCCAGCUCUCCAGAUUUCUUCUGGCUUCUCAGAGCCUCAGAUUCCUCAUGGGUAUAGUGGCCUUGAUGGGAAAACCUACCUUGCAGGAUGGUUGGGACAGUCCCGGGGUGAGCCACAGCAAAAACCCAGCAUAUGCUAGGCCCUCCUUAAGUGUUAACAUUCUUUCCCCUGGAUCUGGAGGAAGAAGGAACUGGGACAUGGGAUUGGCUCCAUGGGUUCCACAGGGUGGGUUCUGGAGGGGCCUCGGGGGUUGGGGGAAGGGUGGUCAGGGCCAGGCAGGCCCUCACAAUGGGCUAGAACCCUCCCUUCCUCUGGGUUCUCACCCACUUGACUCCUCUCCCUGCCCCAGGGAGGGGAGGAGAGGCCUGGGAUGAGUCGAGGGGGGCAGCUUUCCCUCUGGAUUUCUUAUUUCCUGCUUUGCUGCUGUGCCUGAAGCUCCUCAGCUACCACAAGACUUCUGGGAGGGGGCGGGGGCAGCUGGGGAAGGGGUAUCCUACAGCCUGUCUCCUACCCCACCCCUACCCCAUGCUGGUCCUUCCCACAACUUUGGGUUUGCGGUGUCAGGAAAGAUGGCUGUGGUGAUGAGAUUCUUCAAGUGGGUUAGGCGAGUUUGGUGCAAGAUUUCUUGCUGGAUCCUCUCCUGGAGACACAGAACAAAGCCAGCCAUCUUGGAUGCUUCCGCCUCCAAGAAGCAGGCAUUGAAGGAGACAGAGAAGAUCCCCAAGGCGUUUGAGACGUUCAAGUUGGUCGAGUCCGCCAAAGAGGCCAAGACACCCAGGACAGAUGAGUGCCCCAAGGUGGCUGGGUCCCUCGUGUUGGCCAGGGUCCCAGACCGACCCCAGACGGAGAAGGGCCGCCCAAGCCGAUCCCUGCUGCAGCUGCCCCGCACUGCUAUGCGGUCCAUGUCCACGCUCAUGUUCUCAGCCCUGCAGACUGGCUGGCAAAUGUGCAGUUGGAAGUCGUCUCUGAGUUCUGCCUCAGGGGUCCGCCAGAUGAAGAGCCCAUCUCCUUUGGAGUCCCCAGAGGCGGAGAUGCUACGGGAAGUAUACCUGGUGUUGUGGGCCAUCCGGAAGCAGCUGCGACAGCUGGCCCGCAGACAGGAGCGGCGGCACCGGCACCACGCCAGGCCCCUGUCUCCCCAACCUGACCAAGCACAGGUCCUAAAGCAGGAUGCCCGAAGUCCCCUGUAAGGGGAGAGCCCCAGAGACUCCGAAAGCCCCCGCCUGACUCCUAGGUAAGGUGGACUGCAGGGGUCAGAGCUGCAGGCCCGAGCUGUGGGUGAGGGGACAUUGUCAUCCUGUCCCCACGCAUUGGAAACCCAAGGUCUGGCUUGGGUCCUGCAUACUCCCCUUCAUUCCAUGUAUUCAAUGUGUAA